UUUUUUUUUUAAGAAAAUGUUUCGAAACACCCAAGCAUUGUUUUCUGUUUGAAUUGUUUUCGUAAAAAAAAGUUUUAAAAUUGGUGUAUAUUAGACAAAUAUACAACAAUGCCGAUAGAUACGAACACCAACAAAAACAUAGUUAAAGUGACAGUAACAUAAGCUUAUUCCUAGGAUUUUUGAUAGAGAACUUCUCUUUCAAUAUAUUAGUUGGUCUCCGAAAUUAAAAGGUAAGUUUACCGUAUAGUAUCGAAAUAAAAUGUCAAAUAGAAUUUCAUAAAACACCACUUGGCAAACUGACCUAAAUUGUGACCGUUAUUCUAAAAGUGUCCAAACUUCCGACGGCACGUGAAGGUAUCGAAUCGUACGUUAGCUAGCUGUCUGGCUAGCUUAGCAUUUCGCUAGCUCCGCGGGUUAUGUCUAUGUAUCUACAACCAACGUAGUUAGCCCAGCUGUUCUGCUCCAUGUCUGAAGAAAUAAGAUCUGAAUUAACGCGGACUAAGCGACCACACAACGCUACAGAUGGACGUCAGUGAGUAUGUUUUAUCGGCGGGUAGGUCCGUGCUGGACAUGGUGGAGCGGGAGUGGCAGCCGCUGUCCCCGGGCGAGCUGGAGCAGCGGCUGGACCAGGCGGUGGAGGAGAUCCUGGAGGCUGACCUGAUAGCUACAUUUAAAACUCAGCCUCCUCACACUAUACACGUUCAGUUACUGCAGAGUCAGGCUAAUGUGCAGCCCCAAGUUUUACAGACGACAUCCAGCAGCCCCCCGGAGGAAGAGGCGCCAGAACCCCGGGAACCUGAGACUGUGGACGGGGCUGCAGUGAAGUACAUCACAGAACUGCUUCAGAGCUCCAAAUCCAGGGCUCGAAUGGCCGGACGGGCUCGUCUGUCCCUUUCCCACACUGUCCUUCUAUCUCUCACUCUGCUUUCUGAGCGAGUCAGCUACCGUUCUGUGUCCCGUCGCUUCCACCUGGAGAAAGGAAACAUCCAUAGGAUCUUCUUUUCUUUCUGUGAGCGCGUCAACACGCUGGAAGAGAGGCACAUCAAGUGGCCAGUCGGCAGGGAGGCUGUAGAGGUUCUUUAUCCACUUUGGAGCCCAGAGAAGGAGCAGGAGCAGCAGCAAAGUGUCUGUGAGGUCCUAGGAGUGUUGGGACACACCCGUAUCCCUAUCCGCCUGCCUAUAGGGAAAUAUGAUGUGGAGAGCACAGUGCCUGAGGUGAAGAGGAUGAAGAAGGAGGCCCAUCCCGACUCCUGGCUAAACCUGGAGCUUGCAUGCGACCGUAAAGGCCAGUUCCUACACUGCAGAAUCAGUAAAGGAUCAGACAUGGACGGAGGCCUCGCUCUGAGAGACAAACUCAAAGAGCAUCCUGAACUGAUGCCCUCGGGCUCGUGCCUCGUGGCCAGAGCCGGCUACCCGCUCACUGCUCAGAUUUUAACUCAAUUCUCAGGCAGUCACGGACCAAGAGAGGAGCUUUUUAACAAGACGCUGGAGGAGCAUUUUCACAUCCUGGAUCAGGCAGUAGCCAACCUGAAAGCCAGAUUUCAAAGACUCAGAUAUCUGGAUAUUGGACACUACGAUCGAGCCAAAGCUGUGGUGCUGACCUGCUGUGUGUUGCACAAUGUGUUUUUGGACUUGGGAAGAGAAGUUCAUGGAGACGUUGACACAGAGGAGGCCACAACCAGAGAGGAAGAGGGCGAGGUAGAUGAAGGGGGUGUACACAGACGGGACGCCAUCGCAGAUUUGUUGUUUAAAAACGUAGAAUCUGGAAGCAUGUGAUGUGAUGUCUGAUGGGAAACUUGUAUUCCUCUAUGUAAACAAACAGUUCUUUAAUAUAAAGGUU